ACAUCCGACGUAAGAUUUGGGUGUAUUAGUUCUGGUUUAUCCACGCGGUACUUUACUAGGCCAUAAUCAUCGUCAUCAUCACCAGUUUCACGUAUAAAAAUCCAGCCAACUUUGCCGAAUCGUUCAGUCAAGUUUUGAGUUCUGUUAUUGAUAAACGUAAAUUAUCUCGGAUAUCAAAAUGACUUCUGCUAUUUUAUUUCUUCUCUUGUUCACCACCGUUUGGGCAAAUCAAUUUUAUUUUCCUGAUGAAUUGGAUGCAUUGAGAAAUGAACAGCGUCAAUAUAAUGCCAGACGUUCUUAUGAUAUCAAUGGGCAGUAUGACUCACCAAUCAAUCAAAGAUUCGACAGAAAUAAUUACGGAAGUAAUUCACAAGCGCAAGCAGAAGCCCAAGCAAAUAGUGAUGGCGCGUUUUCGAAUGCUCGUGGAAAUGCGCACAGUCAUAAUUAUGGUGGAUAUUCAAAUGCACAAGCAGGCGCACAAGCUAACAGUCAAAAUGGAUAUUCAAAUGCUCGAGGUAAUGCCCAGAGUGUGGGGUCAGGUGGUUAUUCAAAUGCUGAGACAAGAGCUGAAGCAUCUGGUAAUGGAUUUGGAAGCAGUAACGCACAGGCAAUGAGCAACAGUUACAAUAACAAUGGCUACAAUCGUUACAACCCGUAUGAUUCAUCAAGUUCAUCAAGUUCUGCUGCGGCAUUUGCGGGCCUAGAUCGUUACGGGCGACCGGUUGCUUCUGCUGGUGCCGGUGCUGCGAAUGCUAGACCUGAUGGUCUGAGCUCGGCUUUGGCGACUGCACUGGCUACUGGACAGAAUAAUAAUAAUAAUUAUGGGUACAAUCCGUAUUACGAGAGACCGGGAGUCGUGCCGGGAUAUGGAAACUAUGAUUACUUCCGCAGCAGAAGUGGUGGAGAUGAUGAUGAUAUGGAUCCUAAGAAUGGAACUGCUUUGGAUGCUGCUAAAAAAGAUGAUGCUGGUUCUGAUAAAGAAAUUGUCAGUGAUAUCAAACCUGCACUUAGUAAUAGUACUAGUACAACUGAUCAAAAUGAUUCAAUUGUCUUUGACUGAUAAAUUAGUUAUGUAAUUUUGUUUACCUGAUUUUUGAAUAAAUAAAUAAAUAUACUUGGAUAAUAA